AUAUAAAAUCACUCCAUGUGUCUCUCUUUUGCUUUGCAAGGUCCCCAUUUCUUGGAGUUUUUGUCGUGGACAGUGACUUCAGAUUGUGAAAUGAUUCUGAAGUGCAAGGUCACUAACGUGAGCAAAGAGACGCGUGUGAAGUGGUUUAAGGAUGGAGUGGAGCUUCUUCAUGCGGUGUACGAGCCCACGGGGGUCAGCACCUUCACCGUCCCGCAGGUGACGAGGAAGGAGCUGGGUGUGUACAGAGCUGUAGUGUCCGACAGCAGAGGAGAAGACCAGAGCGUCCUGGAGCUGAUCGAUGACGAGUUUGAGCGUCUGCUGCAGCAGCUCAAUAAACAGUGCGCGCUCUCUGCUGGUCCAGUGGGCAUCCAGUGCACUGCGCAGGGCUUCAAGCUCUACUGCUCUCUCAAAUACUACCUGAGCUGCAUGAACACCAGCUGGCACUUCAAAGACAAGAGAAUUGACCUGCAGGAGCGGACGAAGCCGGGCAGCAGCAUGCAGAAGGUUUGGAUUGAGAUACUGGGACCGACUGAAGCCGAUAAAGGGAAGUACACCCUGGAGAUGUUCGACGGCCAGGAAACACACAAGCGCUCUCUGGAUCUGUCUGGACAAGCCUUCGCAGACGCUUUGCUGGAACACCAGAGACUCAAGCAAGUGGAGUUUGCUGAGAAAAAUCGAGCACGAGUCACCAAGGGUCUUCCAGAUGUGGUGGCCAUAAUGGAGAACAAGUCUCUGUGUCUGACGUGUUUUGCCGAGGGCGAUCCAGCACCGGAAAUGUUUUGGCUGAAGAACGACAGAGAAGUCACGUCCACCGGCCAGUAUAACAUUAAAAACGAGAAUAAAUCCUCCACUCUCACUAUAAACCACGUGACUAUGGAGGACUCGGGCAACUAUAGCAUCUUCGUGCGCAAUAAACACGGAUCGCAGACGGUCCUCGUGACCGUCAGUGUGUAUAAACGCGGUGAAAAGCCUCGAGCAGAUGCAGUGCAGAUGUAA